GUAUCAAUCUUAACUACACUGCAAAUACUGUAUGUUACGUAUAGUUAAUGUGAAAAAUAAUUUAUUUAUUGUAUAUUUUGUUUUUUCUAACGUAACAUCUAUAAAAUUCUGUAAAAUUUAUUGAAUCGAGAGAGGAAAAUCUAUUGUGACCUAUGGUUCGCGUACGGCGUACCGCACACAAGUAAAUCGAAAUUCCGUCGAAGGAUUUCGAUAUUCGUUUUUCCUAAACGAUGCAUUAGAAAAUCCUAACGAGGUAGUUAUAAUUAUGUAAUUAGAGCAUUCAUUUUCAAUAUUAUAUUCCGGAUAAAUAGCAUUGUACGAAAAUAAAUGCUUACAUUAUUAGCUUGUCAAAUUCCAAAUUUCUAUGUCUUCCUUGCAUUAUCUCUGUCUCUUUCAUAUGCGAGAGGCGCACGAAAAACGUGUACAUGUGUGUGUUUCUACUUUGGCCGCGACUCGAUAUCAAUGAACACCUAACAUCGCAUUAGAAUUUACUUACUUAUAAAACGUAAUAUAUACUUAUUUGAAAUUGCGAUGAAAAAUUAAUCAACCGCUCAUCUUGCGGAAGAGGAAAAAAAUGACAGGUUGCUGCCCUUGGAUUUUAAAUUGCCAACUUGGGGGUUAUGUUAUUUUCAAGUUACAGACAGAAGAUUUUUUUUAAUAAAUUGUAUCGAACAUGAGUGCGAGAGCUGGUCAUAUUUCCCGAGUUGAUGAUUCUUCAGAAAGUCGAUUACGUAAAAGGAAACAACAUUCUCAAGAAUCCAACUCCCAGUCAAGUAGAAGUAGAGAGUCCGAUGCAUCCUUCAAGCGCAGAAAUAUCUCUGACAAGGAUAAAAAACAAAAAAAUAGACAACGCAGUAAUUCUAGUGGUAGUUCUAACUUCAGUAAGAGUUCCUUUUCUAAUAUUAGAAAACCUAUUAGAACAGGCAAAGGUGGCCCAAAUACUGGUUACGAGAGAGAUGUGAGGAGAACAAGAAAUUUUCAAAAUGGUGAAAAUACUAAUUAUCGUAGAAAUCGAGUAGAUGAUAGAUCAUUUCAACAAAGAAAUCAGAGUAGAUUCCAACAGAACAGAACCUUUGAUAAUCAAAGGUUUAAUAACAGAUUUGAAAACCGAAAUGGUAGAAAUUUCACGCAACGCAGAGAUAAUCAAUUCAAUCAGCGUGGGUUUAUAGAUAGAAACAGAAACAAUCGAAACUGGAACCAAAACAAUGGCGAUAGGAGAUUUCAAAAUCAAAGAAAUCAAGGAAAUAAUUGGAACAGGAAUAAUCAAGGUAAUUUUGAUCGAAGACAACCGGAUAGGUUUAUGAAUUCAGGUAAUAGACCAAGUACUGGCGAACGGUACUGGAAACAAACCCCACUGAACGACAGAUAUGUACAAAAUCGUAGCGAAUCAAAAAAUAUUGAUUCAGGAAGAACAAGAGAGGUAAGAAGUACAAGAGAAUCUAGGACUUUCGAAAAUCGAAAUAGAAUUGAAAAGACUCCACCAGCCUUAUCGCCAGAGCCAAAUCCUGUUGAGGAAGAGAGGAUCGAUGUGUCAGAGAUAGAAAUACAAAAGCUUAUUUCUGAAAAAAAGAAAAAGAAAAAGAAGUCUCGAUCAUCUUCGUCCUCGUCUACAUCUUCUGCUUCAUCUUCAACCACAGAUACCGAUUCCAGUGAUUCCAAUGAUUCUAGUGACGAAUCAAGUAGUAGUAGUAGCAGUUCUGAUGACGAAAAGAAAAAAAAGAAAAAGAAGAAACUGGCAAAAAAAUUAAAAAAGAAGGAGAAAAAGCGUAAGAAGAAGAAGAAGAAAAAACUAAAGAAAAAACUAUCUAAGAAAGUAAAGAAUUCUGUGGGUGAAGAGAAAAAACUUUCUAACAAAAUAGAAAGUGAUCAAGAUCGAUUGCUCAGUGAUAUUUCACUAGAACAAUCAAUGAGAUCAAAAGCAAUGGCUCCAAUGUCUAAAAAGGAAUGGGAAAAACGACAAAAUGUUGUCCGAAGAAUUUAUGAUGAAGAAUCAGGAAGACACAGACUAAUUAAAGGUGAUGGUGAAGUUAUAGAAGAAAUUGUGAGUCGAGAUCGUCACAAGCAAAUUAAUAACCAAGCAACUAGAAGUGAUGGAGAAUACUUUCAGUCACAAUUAAGGAAAAAGUGAAGAUACCAAUCUUAUAAUCCCAAGGGCCAUCUAAAACUAUUUUUCUUAAAUUGCACAGUUAUUGUCAUAUAUUAAGACAAUUAAGUCUUCGAUUCUUGUCUGAAUAGAGUAAAGUAAUAUUACUGUAUAA